AUGUUUAAUUUAAUAAGCGACUUUAGAUCUUCAAUUGGUGUUUUACACGGUAAGAUAAUUAAAAGUAGUAUAGUUUAUUAUUAUCUAAGUAUUAUUUUAUGGACUAUGCUAUUAUUUAUAAGUUGGCGCCGUUUUCCUCAUUGUUAUAGUCCUUGGUUAUCUGUUGUGUGGUUGAUAGGAAAUGUUUUUGUAUCUUCUAGUAGAUUGUGGUUAAAUCGUUUAUUAGAUGAUAUGUGCAUAGCUGAAUCUAUCAGUUAUGUAAUACGUCCUUUGGUAUUAAUACUGUGGCCAUUUAUUCACAUAAGUUUGGGUUGUUUUGGUGCUGCUUUUGUUGGAGGAGGAAAUUAUGUGGGUUGUCUAUUAUACCAUCACUUUUUUAUAAUAAAAAGGUUGUUUGAUGUAAAUUCUAAAGUCUCUAUUGGGAAUAUGUUUGAUGUCAUAUUUCAUCGUCUUCAAUUGCUAAUUUGA